AUGAGCGAAAUCACAGAUAUCUUCAUAAAAACACUGCAGGGUCUUGACCUGAGCGACUUCAAAAUGUUCAAGCUCAAACUUGAAAGACUUGGCAAAAUAUCCGAGCAGAAGUUGGAGAACGCUAACGUAGGUGAAACAGUGGACUUGAUAGUCCAGGUCUACUGUGAGAGCGGCUGCAUCGUGUCGAAGAUCUUGAGGAGGAUGGACCAAAACCAGUUGGCCUCGGACCUGGAGAAGGCGCUGAAGGAGCUGGAGAAGGAGCUGCAAUCAGUGUCUCCUCUAAGGGUCGUGCUGCUGGGGAAAACUGGUUCUGGAAAGAGAGCCUCAGCAAACACCAUCCUGGGGAGGAAAGAUUUCUCAUCUGAAUCUGUGACUGAAACCUGCAGUAAUCAAUAUACUGUAGUGGAUCGUAGAGAAAUUACAGUGAUUGAUAUAGCAGGAUUGUUUGAUACAGAAAAGCCUACAGAAGAGCUGAAGGGUGAGAUGGAGAAGUGUGUUGAGAUGUCUCUCCCUGGGCCUCAUGCCUUCCUGAUGGUGAUCAGAUUAGGUGUCAGGUUCACAGAGGAGGAGAGGAAUGCUGUGAAGUGGAUCCAGGAGAACUUUGAUACCUCACCCCUCACUCCUGAAAUGGUAGUAGGGCAACCCACUCCAGAAGUUGUCAGGAGUUUUGUUCUGGACAAAUCUUGGUGGAGCAAGCAAUCAAUACACCUGGUGCUGAAUUUGUGUUUCCAGCUUCUACAAAAAAUGGCUAGUCAACAGAACAUUGACAUCUUUGCUGCUGUUUGCCAUGUGACUGUCACCUGGUUGCCCCCAUAUUCAGCAGACCCCAUGGAUCACCUCUCUCAUGCUGUCUACAUCGUGUUUGGCCUCUGUUUUGACUUCACAGAGACAUGAACAUUGCAAGGCGAUGGUGGUCACUUUUGUUUUUGGACAACUUUCCACCAAGGCUGUCAUCUGACAGAAAACAGAAAAAGGGAGCCACAGAUAACCAACACACCAGGACAGUGUGGACCUGGAGGCUAAAGACCCCUUCUUGUUUAUAUUUACAAAACAAGAGGACAUGGAGGUGUUUCUCCAAGGUUGUGUGGAUCAACAGCACCUCCAUGUUAAUGUUAUGUUCGAUGGUGAACUAUAGACAUGACAGUGCCUCUGUUACUCUUUUAAGUUGUAUUUUAAAAUGUUAUGCGUUUCUGUGCAUCAAUAUGUUUCUUUUUCGAUGUAUCUUUAUUUGUUUACUUUACCACUUUGCCAUAUGUUUGUGUGCCAUGGUCGGUGUGUGUGUGUGUUCUGUAAUUAUACCGGACCAUCAGUGCCUUCACAUAGUUUUAAUACGUAGUUUUUUUGAUAAAGCACAAUUUUUUGUAUUGUUUUGUGACUUGCUGAUUAAAUGUUCUUAUGAUAAAA